GGGCCGGGGAGCUCCUGGCGGGAACACUCCCGGACCCACCGGCAGCAGCAGCCCGCCCGGUGUGGAAGCCGGGGGCGGGGCCGCGCAUUGUGACGGCGCCGUGUCCCCGCCUCUCCCUAGGGCGGUGCGGGCGGCCGCAGGCCGAGGCCCGAGCGCGAAAGGAACAUGGAGGCGGCCGCACUGCGGGGGGCCUGGCCCGUCCGGGAGGCGGGAGCCGGACUAUAGCGAGGUCCUUGGGCCAGAGACCGGUACGAGGCGGCGGGUCCCGGGGGAUGGCGGCCCCUGGCCCCCCGCAGCUGCCGGGGCUGCGGCUGGGCCCGCGGCUCCGAACCGGGCUGGAAGUUGCGCUGCGGGUGCCCAGCCUCUUCCUCAUCGACGCCAUCUUCAACUCGUACCCCCUGCUGGGGGGCUCCCUGUCCGCCGGGCUCCUGGGCGUGCUGCUGCGGCUGCUGGGGGUCUUUGUAUCCAGUGUUGUUCUGGUCUUGCAACAGCGAGCACUUUUCAAGUUUUAUAUGAUCAGCUCGGCAUUUCUGCUAGCUGCAACCUCAGUGUUGGUGAAUUAUUAUGCUUCUUUGCACAUAAACUUCUACAGUGCCUACUACACAGCAGCUUUUGGAAUUCAGUUCCUCCCUCAUAAAGGACCUUCACUAUGGAUGGCACUUUCUAUCCUUCAGCUUACCUUUGGGAUUGGAUAUGUUACAUUGUUAAACGUGCAGUCCAUAUACUCCCAACUAAUCAUACUGGAUAUACUGAUUCCUAUAAUAGGCUUGAUCAUUGAAUUACCUUUAAAUGUCAGACAGAUUUUAGUUUUUAUUUCAGGUCUAAUUCUGACAUUAUAUACCACAAUCAAUUUAGUUAUGAAAAUUAAAUGGUUCUAUUAUUCCACACGAUACGUUUAUCUCCUUUUAAGGCAUAUGUAUCGCAUUUAUGGAUUACAGCUAUUGAUGGAAGAUACGUGGAAAAGGAUUCGUUUUCCAGCUGUACUGCGUGUGUUCUGGCUAACGAGACUUACAGCACAAGCAGUUGUGUUAACUUAUGUUGUCAAGAUGGCAGAAACUAAUACAGAAGAGAAGUUCUACUUGAUUUCUUGGGAAAAUUGUUGGGAACUAGUUUGCAGUCUUAUAAUAAGUGGGUGUGAUUCUACUUUAACUGUCUUAGGCAUGAGUGCUGUAAUUUCUUCAAUUGCCCAUUAUUUGGGACUGGGUAUUUUGGCUUUUAUUGGAUCAACUGAUGAAGAUGACAAGAGGCUUGGUUUUGUAGCACCUGUUUUAUUUUUUAUUUUGGCUCUGCAGACUGGCUUAAGUGGUCUAAAGCCAGAAGAGAGACUAGUUCGCCUAAGUCGAAACAUGUGCCUUUUGUUAACUGCAGUCCUGCAUUUUAUCCAUGGAAUGACAGACCCUGUACUAAUGUCUCUCAGUGCCUCCCAUGUGUCGUCAUUUCGCAGACACUUCCCUGUACUUCUUGUUUCAGCUUGCCUUUUUAUUCUUCCAGUUCUGCUCAGUUAUAUCCUUUGGCACCACUAUGCAUUAAAUACAUGGCUUUUUGCAGUUACAGCAUUUUGUGUGGAACUUUGCCUAAAAGUAAUUGUUUCUAUCACUGUUUAUGUACUAUUCAUGAUUGAUGGCUACUAUAAUGUCCUAUGGGAAAAGCUUGAUGAUUAUGUCUACUAUGUUCGUUCAACAGGCAAUAUUAUUGAGUUUAUAUUUGGUGUAAUCAUGUUUGGAAAUGGAGCUUAUACCAUGGUAUUUGAAUCAGGAAGUAAGAUUCGGGCUUGCAUGAUGUGUCUACAUGCUUAUUUCAACAUCUACUUGCAAGCCAAGAAUGGCUGGAAAACUUUUAUAAAUCGCAGGACAGCUGUUAAGAAAAUAAACUCACUUCCUGAAGUAAAAGGAAGUCGGUUACAUGAAAUAGAUGAUGUAUGUGCAAUCUGCUACCAUGAGUUUACUGCAUCUGCUCGUAUUACUCCAUGCAAUCAUUACUUUCAUGCACUUUGCCUUCGGAAAUGGCUCUAUAUUCAAGACACUUGUCCAAUGUGCCAUCAAAAAGUAUAUAUUGAAGAAAAGGAAAAUGCCAAUAUCUCUAACAAUGGGUUUGUUGCACCUAAUGAAAAUCCUGUAGACGUUGCAGAAGAAGCUGCUGAAGCUGCACAUGAAAUAAAUGAAGAUAAUGACAGUACUGAUAGUGAUGAUGACGACUGUGUGGCAGAUCACCACAAUGAGACUCUUAAUGUUGAUUCUGACUCCCUGGGUGACUAAAAUCACUGAGGUAUUUGUUUAAAAUGGAGUUCAGCAACAGAAUAAAAGUUUCACUUCAUCAUUGUAUACUUAAGCACAA